GCUUCUCGAUUUCUGAUUAUACCGGAUAUACCAUUCUAAAUUCAUUAAAGACAGCUUAUAAUUAGAAACUCAGGGGGUACGCCAUGGAUUAAAUGACGAUAAGAAAUCCCUGCACGGAUGGGAAUGCAAUCAGGAUUCAGGACUAUCACCGGAAUUCUCCUACCAAUUUAUUGCUAGGGGACAACAAGCUGAGAGUCUAUUCCCCCUCAAGUGCUUUCGACGUUAUUCUACGGGAAAAUUGAAGAAUUCUGUCAGUUUUUUUGGUGUGGACCAUGGCAUCAAACCGAUCUCUGGAUCACCAUCCCAGCUCAAUUGAGAGUGGGAUCGAAAGUCGACCAACAAGAAGGACCCUACAUUCUAGUCGGGAUGCCGAUGAUGAGCCUGAGAGCGUUCAUUCGAACGAGGAAUCAUCUUUAAUUCAUCAUUCCGAUGAAGAAGACCUCUCGUCUCGGGAACCGGCAGGGCCGCAUCGUCGGUUGGGUCUACUUUCCACAACCUUUCUGAUAACCAACCGCAUGAUAGGCACGGCAAUAUUUUCUGUGCCAUCAUCUAUUGCACAAUCCGUUGGAAGCGCUGGUGCAGCCCUGACGCUGUGGCUAGUUGGGUUUCUCCUGUCAUUCUGUGGAUUUCUCAUAUACCUAGAACUAGGUAGUCUGUUUCCUCGUAAUGGCGGGGAAAAGGUUUACCUUCAGGCUGCUUAUCCACGACCGCCGUUUCUAGUGAGCACAGUAUUCGCAACACAUAUCAUUUUCCUCGGCUUUACUGGCAUUGGAACUGUUGUCGUUGCGGAGAAUAUGCUUCUGGCAUUUGGGAUUACAACAAAUGACUGGGUUAAACGUGGUAUAGCGGUCGCAAUCAUGGCAUGCAUAGCAGCAAUCCAUGUUUUCACCAAGAACUGGGGCAUCAGACUGAUGAAUACACUAGCCUCCAUCAAAUUAAUAGUCCUUGUUCUUAUAAUCUUGACCGGCCUUACAGUUCUUCAUGGGGAUGUGUCAAAUGUACCGCAUCCAGGAGCUAGCUUCAAACACCCUUUCUCGGGAUCAUCAUCCCAUGUGACGGAUUAUACAGUUGCUUUAUAUAAAGUUCUGGCCAGCUAUCAGGGCUGGUGCAACGCCGGGUAUGUCUUGGACGAGGUCAAAGAUCCCCGUCGGACACUCAAGAUUGCUGGUAUCUUAGGGCUCACAUCUGUGGGUCUUCUUUACUUUAUGGUAAAUGUGGCAUACUUCGCUGCCGCAACCCCCAAAGAACUGGGUGAGACGGGAGUCACAGUCGCUGCCCUUUUUAUAGGCAAGGUUUUCGGAGAGGAGAUGCAAUCAUUGAGUGCUGUCCUCGCUGCCUUGUCUUCGCUGGGAAACUUGAUGACAGCGUCUUUCUCGAUCUCGCGGGUGGUACAAGGGUUUGCAGAGGAGCAAGUUUUGCCAUUCUCUUCAUUUUUUGCCAGGAAAACACAUUUUGGCUCCCCAGCUGCUGCCUUCAUAUUGGUUUUUCUGUCCUCAUUCAUAAUGAUCAUUUGUGUUCCAUUUGGGGACGUUUACAACUUCAUCCUCGAUCUAGGUCAAUACGCAAUGGCGAUCGUACAACUGUUCGUCGUAAUUGGCCUCUUCAUAAUCCGAAGGCGAAGGACACAUCCACAACGGACAUUCAGAGUCUGGACGAGUGUUGCUUGCAUAUUCCUGGUCGCUCAGGUUUAUCUGCUCUUUUCCACUUUCUCAAAUUCGGCAGAGAGCGGUUCUAAUCUACCAGUGUGGUUAACUCCCGUGACAUCAAUAUUGGUGCUUUCGUUAGGUAGCGUUUACUGGUUUUACGGAUGGACAUUAAAGCCUAAAAUGGGACAGAGGUCAUCGACAGAGCCUCUGCCAUUGGGAGAUUCUCGCGAUGAGUAAUGAUGGGUCCUGAAUUGCACGAAAGACCUUUAUCUCUAAAUCUCUUUUGCAAAAUUGAUAGCUGAAGUAGCCAUUGUCGGUUC